CACGUGGGGAACUUUAAGCAUUUAGCAACAUGGCUGCGUGCAGUGUGGAGGAGCUGUUAGCUCAAGCCCGGCAAGAAGAGGAGGAAAAGCUGAAAAGCAUCUCCGUCCUGAAGGAGCUGGACCUGGACUUUGAUAUCGGUAACCUGCUGGCUUGUGACAAAAACCGCAUCGAGUCCCGGGACUUCAGGCAGAAGAAGAAAGAGGACUUCCUACGGUCGUUAGCGCGUGACAACACGCAGCUUCUCGUUAACGAGAUAUGGAAACAACCCACGGAGAGGGUCGAGGAGGUGAUAGUGGCAAAACUGCCCGACCCAAAGACGCCGCUGCCCAGAGAGAAGCCGCCUCCGAAGCCCAGACCUCCGACAAAGUGGGAGCAGUUCGCCAAACUGAAGGGCAUACAGAAGAAGAAGAAGACCAAUCUGGUUUGGGACGAGACGGCGAAGGAGUGGAGGAGGCGCUGGGGCUACAAGAGGGCCAACGAUAACACCAAAGAGUGGCUGAUCGAGGUGCCGGAGACCGCAGACCCGAAUGAGGACCAGUUCUCCAAACGCGUCAAAGCCAAGAAGGAGAGGGUGGCCAAGAACGAGUUCAACCGGCUGAAGAACAUCGCCAGGGCGCAGAAAGUGAAAAUCCCAGGUAUGGGUCUGACCCCCAAAACCCAGCAGAACCAAGAUGAGCUGUCCAGAGCCGUGAGCGUGGCCAAGACCUCCACGGCCUCCCUGGGGAGGUUCCAGGACAGCCUCCCCAAAGAGAAGGCCCCCAAGAACAAAGGCAAGAAGAGGAAGUUCGACCCCCUCAUCGGAGACUUUUCCAACGAGAGGCAGAAGCAGCUGGAGCUCCUGAAGACCAUGGGCAGCAAGAAGCCCAAGCUGGACGUCACCAUGGCUGUGAAUAAGCAGAUGAGGGAGGAGGACAGAGAGGAGGCUGCGGCCAAAUACAAGAAGGGAGCGGGGAAGAGAGGACGUAAAGGCAGCAUGCCGGGCAAGGGCAAGGGUGGCAAGGGUGGCAAAGGUAAAGGAGGGAAAUUCGGAAAAGCUGGAGGAGGAGGAGGAGGAGGGAAGAGGAGAGGAAAACCCGGGAAGCACUGAGGACUCUGAUGUUUGUCGUCCUGCUGCAUAUGUGUGUGUGCGCCUUGGUGUCAGAUGGACUGGACGUUCAUGGUGCAUAUAAACUGAUGUGAGAGUUUUCACUUCCAGCGUCGGCGGAGAUUCGUUAAAAUCCUUAAAAUGUGUAAUAUUCUUGUAAAAUGCUUUACAAAUACACUUUAUUAUUGAACUUGA